UUUCUCAUCCCAACACUUCCUUUCCACUAUAAUAUCUGCCCCAGGCCCCCAGCCCCCAGCUACUUCGUUCAUCAGCUUCUCUGCCAUUAUAUCUUCUGCUUCUCUCGCUCCCUCCUUCACCUUCUCUCUCUCUCUCUCUCUCUCUCUCUCUCUUCCCCUCUUUCGUGUGUUUGCGAACUCUCUCCGAAGAGCUUGAAAAGAUUGUUUGCUGACCUCGGAGGACAUGGCGGAAGAAGAAACACAAACAGACACAAGCAAGAGAAAGUUGGAAGAAAUCCAGCUUGCGAAGCAGAAAGCUCAGGAGAUUGUCGCUCGUCUCGUUAACAGUGCUGAAGCCAAGCGCCCUCGCCUCGACGACACCUCCGACCUUCCCUCCUCUGACGAUUCCCUUUCUCACCCUCCAUUUUCUGAUCCUGUGCAGAAGCCUUCCGGUCUGGUGGCAGGCAACUCACAAAUUGGGUCUUUUCCAUAUGCUUCACAACCAGGCCAAUAUCAUGGUUUUCAAGGCACAAGUAAAAAAAUAGAGAUUCCAAAUGGAAAGGUUGGUGUGAUCAUUGGGAAAGGUGGAGAAACAAUAAAAUACCUUCAACUUCAAUCAGGAGCCAGAAUCCAAGUAACCAAGGAUGCUGAAGCUGAUCCAUACUCUCAGACAAGAGAUGUAGAAUUGAUGGGUACAGCAGAGCAAAUUAGCAGGGCAGAACAGUUAAUCAAGGAUGUAAUUGCAGAGACAGAUGCAGGGGGUUCUGGUCCUUCUGCCAUACAUGGAUUAAGUUCUGUGCAGCCGGGUGCUGAACAAUUUAUGAUGAAAGUUCCAAACAACAAGGUUGCUCUAAUCAUUGGUAAGGGAGGUGAGACCAUUAAGAACAUGCAAAGUAGGUCUGGAGCACGAAUUCAGGUUGUACCUCUGCAUCUUCCACCUGGUGAUACAUCAACUGAGAGAUCAGUGUAUAUAAAUGGGACAACAGAACAAAUUGAGUCGGCUAAAGUUUUGAUCAAUGAAAUAAUCAGUGAUAAUCGUGUAAAGAACCCAUCAAUGUCCGGUAGCUAUUCACAGCAGACUUACCGUCCUCCUGGUAGUUGGGGUCCACAAGCUCCACCUCCAACCCAACAGCCUGGAUAUGGAUAUCCGCAACAGGGAUCUUAUCCCACACCUCCACCAUACUAUGGCAGUUAUCCUCAACCAGCGACGUGGGAUCAAACAAACCCAUCAGGUGUGUCUCCACCACCUCAGCAAAACAUUGGGUAUAAUUAUUAUUCACAACAGACUCAGACAGAUUCAGCUCCAAGCAAUGUCAACUAUGGAUAUGGUCAGACCCCACCAGCCACUACCAAUAGUUAUGAGCAAGGUUACACUCAGCAGCCACAAAAUUAUGGACAGGAUACACCAACUCAGGGAUAUGGUCCACCUACUGCACCAUCUCAACUGGAUGGAACAGCUCCAUCCCAGCCUUAUGGAACUCCAACUUCCCAACCUAUGCCAGCAUAUCCAGUCACUUAUAGUCAGCCACCGCAUGCACCUCCAAUUGGAUAUGGAUCUUCUCAAAGUAAUGCUGGGCCACUGCCACCUCAACCAGGGUACAAUCAGGCAGGAUUCACCACUUAUUCAGCAGCAUAUGGAACACAAAUGACUCAGUUACCACCCCCAGCUCAGAUCCAACCACCUACUCAGGCCCCACCACCAACUUCUCAACCAGCUUACGGACAAGGUGUUUAUCCUCCACAUGGAACCUCUAUACAAUCCAGUUAUCCUCAGGGUGCAAAUCCUACCGUCUAUGCACAGCCACAGCCGCAGCCAACAACCCAUGGAUAUUCACAGCAAUUGUCCUAUGGAGUUGAAAGAAAUGCCGAUGGAAAUAAUGCUCCGAGUUACAGUUCUGCGCCUCCUGUCCAGGAAGCUGCUCGCCCUCAAAGCUGAAAAUAUUCUAUCUUGAGGCUUACCUCUUAAUUUUUUUUUUUUUUUUUGUUCUAGUAAGCUACUUUAAUAGGAUUUCCUUUGCUUCCAUGUAUUUUUGUAGCAGACUAGUUUUUAUGCUUUCCUAGCUUUGCUCAGUAGUCCAUGGAUCGGAACGCAGUAAAAUUAUUUUAUUGAUCUAUAAACCGUAUCCGUUUAUUAUUUGGA